AGCCAGCACACUUUUGCUGAACAGCUCAACACUCACUGCUAGGCCACCGGCUGUACGUAUACAAGGAACCAUGGCAAAGCGUGUUGCAGUUAUUCUCUCAGGCUGUGGAGUUUAUGAUGGCACAGAGAUUCAUGAGGCCUCCGCUGUCCUCGUCCAUCUGAGUCGGGCUGGAGCAAAAGUGCAGAUGUUUGCUCCAAAUGCAGAUCAGAUGCAUGUUGUAAAUCACUGUGAGGGGAAACCUACAGAGGAGAAAAGAAACAUCCUGCAGGAAAGCGCUCGCAUCGCCAGGGGUGACGUGACCGAUCUGGCCAAGCUAGACGUUUCCGCGUUUGACGCUGUCAUCAUCCCAGGGGGCUUUGGUGUGGCGAAGAACCUGAGUGACUGGGCCGUGAAGAACAAGGACUGCACCAUCCAGCCACAUUUAGAGAAGCUCAUCAAGGCUUUCCACAAAGCCGGAAAGCCUCUGGGCAUGUGCUGCAUCUCUCCCAUCCUCGCUGCCAAAAUCCUGCCCGGCUGUGAGCUCACAGUGGGACAGGACAAAGAAUGUGAAAAGUGGCCGUAUGCUCAGACAGCAGGCGCUGUGAAGGAGAUGGGCUGCAAACACGUCAACACGGAUGUGGAGAAAGCUCAUGUUGAUGUGAAAAAUAAGCUGGUCACCACCUGUGCAUUCAUGUGCAAUGCUCCCAUUCAUAACAUUUUUGAUGGAAUAGGAGUCAUGGUUAAAGAGACACUGAAACUGGCUUAAGAAGUCUGCAAUUACAUGCUGAAUGUUUGUAUUUAUUUACUUUAAAACCAAUUGUGAUUUCCUAUACAAGCAUGGAGUUUAAUAUAAAGUUGUAGCACUUAUCUCUGAGAAUGUAUUAAUUUUACAUUGUCAAUGGGUUGUUUUGAGAUUUUCAAUAAAAGUUACUAAAAAUUA